AUGGAAGAAUCUAAGAAUAUCGCGUUGGGAAACUGGAUCGAUUUCAACGCAUUUGAAUUGGAUGUGGAGGAGCCCCCAUUCAUCCUGAAGCCAGACGAGAUCAUGACAAUUAAAAAAUCAUUCGAUAUAUACGAUUUUCAACAAGUUGGCAGCAUCGAAGUAAACAAGAUGCGUCUGGCCAUGCUCCGUUUGGGCAUAGAGCCAGACACUGAUGAAAUCCGAAACCUGAUGAAGGUUUUUGACAAGAAUAACUCUGGACGCAUAACAUUCAAUACAUUCUUGCUACACAUUUGUGGCAAAAUGGCUGAAGAGAAUCUUGGAUAUGAUUUCGUCGGUGGCCUUUUCGAUUUGUGUAGUGGCAAAAUUUCAUUGUAUAAUUGCGAUCAUGCUGUCAAAGAGAUGUUUUUGACCAUAAGCGAUGAGGAAUUACAUGAGAUACUGCAAAUGGCCAAUUUGGAUUGA